CUAAUAUGAUUGGUAUUAAUGCAGAACUAUAGCUCACUUCAAUUUAAUCCUGUAUCAUGCUUUCCUUGUAUGAGAACCUCUAUGCAGUAAAAACGAUCAUUUGCCUUAUCAACUGCCAUAUAGCAAUCUGAGUAUAUGUUUAUUCCUUAUUUGUACAAAAGAAUAGCCAGGCAAUGUUACACAUAAGGCCUGUCUGAUUUCCUGCCGGAUGAAUCUCCACUUGGUUGUGCAGCAUUGUUUGCAUGCUGCCAGUUGUUGGUGAACUGAAGCAACCCUGCAAUCAUCAGGUCGGCAGAUCAUGCUGGAUGCUUAAAGUCCACAGUAACAUUGUUGACUUGAAUAAGUUAUUGCUCCCAAACUUGAAACAUAUCGUGUCAACUAGAAGUAGUGUGGCUUAGUGUACAAUGUCAACCUAAUAAGAUUUUGAGAUCCAUCGACAUGUUAAAACACUAAUGCUUUAUUUGAACUCUUCUUUCUUGGAGCCUGAAUGAGGACCCUAUGUAGCCCCCUAGUGCCAUCUGGCUGCUGAAAGAUAUGUUGUGUGAUACACAGUAUUUAUUCUUAGUUUUUUCCUUUUUAAUAAAAAGUCAACAGGAUGAGACCUUGGAGUUGAAGAACCCCAUUCCGCUACUCUGCCAGUGCGUAUGUCUUUGUCCCCUUGAAACCCACCCAUUUUCUGUGGUGGUUGCUUCAGGUACCUAAAACUGUACCAUUUAAUGCUUAUGAUUCAUGAAAUUGAUAGUUUAGUUGCAGGGAAGAAGGGAAUGUUUCAGAUCACAUUGUAUUGGAUCUCAGCCUGAACUGAGCCUUUGAAAUCAUUAACGAAUUGUUUUCACUAACCUAGUAAGAAUAUGUUUUCCUACUUUGCAGUGAAUUUGAAAUGAAGCUCAAAAGAAAACUUAUUCCUCUAGUUCUUUUGUUUCUCAGAAGCAACAUGAGUUGUUUUUUUUUUCCUUGAGUUGACCUUGUGCUUCUGAUCCCUAAUCUUGACUCAAGAGCAGCAGCUCCUUGUUGAACAGCUAAACACUUGGCCACUUCUGAAGUAUGUACUAAUAUAAUGUUUCAUAAAGCAAAAAGGCAGCUCCCAAGAUCGAUCUGCAGCAGCGAUCGAUCCCUCUUCCACGACCAAUCACGUUGCUACCACAAGCCAUGUCCUGGUUGUGGGCUUCUGUAUGGAAGUCCAGAUGCAGAGAAACUGACUUGAGGCAUUAUUUAGAGAAAAGUGCUUCUCCAUUCUCCGGCAUAAGGUCAGACAUCACAUUUCAGAAUCUCUGAAUUCUUAAAUUUUGAUUAGUUUGUGAAUCAUUGCAUGCUUUUGCCAGUUCGAUUGUAGAACAGGGGUGGUGGGAGUGGUAGUUGCUGUGCAAAAAAAUUUGUCCGAAAGAUUCCCUCCCGGAUAUGCUGAAUGUGGAUAGUUCGUGCGCAAUUUUCCUUUCUCGUGGGAAAUAUUUCUGUUGUGCCUCAGAAUUUGUUAUUGUUGGCUUGUUGCAUUGUGGAAAUAUUUCAGUGCACCUGCUGUCUGUUGGGCUCCCUAGCUGCAAUCCGGGUGGAUGAUGCUCUUCUUUUCAUGAAUUGUAUGGUUAUGAAGGAAUAUCCCUAUUUUUGUUGAUAACAGCAAGAUAUGAAUAUUAACAGCAGAUGUGAUGGAAAGUUAUGAAAGUAAAAGAAGCAUGGCUAUGCUUGUUAUGGAGAGAGUCUAGUAAAUCAAUUUUAGUGUAUUGCUACAAUCUAGUAAUACAAAAUGUAGUAACCGUUGAUAUGCAGUUAGAGCCUGUGUGAUCAUGACAAAACUAUAUGAAGUGUCACUGGUGACUAGCUCGAGAAUGAAAUGGAUGAGAUCGAGCUUGUUGUUUAAUCCCCUAUGUUUAGUGUAAUCAUGCUGACCUUUAAUGUUGUUUGUAGAUGAGGCGAGGGGGGAGGACGAGGGCCUCAUCAUCAUCAUCAUCUUGUAAGUUUGUGCCAUGUGAAACAGGUAGUAUAGAAUCCAUGGGGACCCGCGCUCCUCCUCCAGAUUUGGUUGGAUCUCAUCUCCUGCCCUGGGCUUGCUUGGUUGGCUUAUUUUUUUCUUCUUCGUGGGGGUGUAGUAUUCUAUUGGGUGGUCGGCCCCUCCCUAACUCCCUAAGCAGUACGCAGUAAGCUCCCCUGUAUAAAAAUGGUGGCGCCAUUUCGGCAUCUGUUGUUGCCUUCUCUAUAGCAGGCAUGUCGACGAUGCCGGAGCCGCCGCACGUCCUGGCCGUGGACGAUAGCAUCGUCGACCGUGCGGUCAUCUCCAGGCUCCUCCGCAGCUCCAAAUACCGAGUUACGACGGUGGACAGUGGCAAGAGAGCGUUGGAGGUUCUGAGCCUGGAUCGCAGUGUGCACAUGAUCAUCACGGUGCCGGAGAUGAGCGGCUACGACCUGCUGAAGCGUGUGAAGGAGUCGGCGGAUCUGCGGGAGAUCCCGGUGGUGAUGAUGUCGUCGGAGAACUCGCCGACGAGGAUCCGGAGGUGUCUGGAGGAGGGCGCCGAGGACUUCCUCAUCAAGCCAGUGCGGCAGGCGGAUGUGUCGCGCCUCUGCAGCCGCCUCAUCACGCGCUAGCUUCCUUCCUUGCUUGCUUCCAAGCUAUUGGUUGGAAUUGGCAAGCCCUCUAAUAUACCGAGGAAUGCAAUGCAGCAAGCAACUGGAUGGUUCAGGGCUGUUUGUUUUGUUGAUGUCGUUGACCAAUGCCUGUCUAGCUAGUCGCAAAUAUUAGUAGUAGUAGCGUAUGUGUUGCUACCAGAGCAGAAGAAGAAGAAAAGAAUUUCAGUUGUCACUUACUCCUAUAUAGCAGAAUAAAUAAGAAUAUUGUCAAUGUGAAGGUUUUGCA